CGCCCAAACACCUCGCUGCUGUGCGCCACCACCCCCCCGUCGUCAUGGCCGAGUCCGAAAGUGCCCUGCUCGAGCACUACAACCUCAAGACUCUCUACCCCUCUGAGUGGCCCACGGAGAAGGACGAAGACGAGUCCGACGACGACAUCGGUGCUCCCCCAGCUGCAGCUGCUCCUGCUCCUGCCCCACCACUGCACCGCUCCAAGUCGCAUCGCUACUCGGUCCUCGAGCGCUCCGGCAGCGUGCGCAGCAGCAUCCCCGGCUCCGAAAAGACCGAGGACGGUGUCGAGAACCUCGUGCAGAAGGAUGAGGCCGACCCGUUGGGCAACGCUUCAAGCGUCGUGCAAGUGCUGCGCCAUAGGGGUCUGGCUGUCGAAGAUAACCUGAAGCUCAGGAAUCGCUUCCUCCUUUCCUCCACCACCUUCAACCCCGGCCUCUUCCUCUCCCAAGUUCAUAGUGAUGCCUCUACCGAGUCCCUCCUCCAGGGCUUGGACUUUCUGUCCCGCUCGAUCGAGAAGAAAUCCGCUUCCCUGAAGGUCCUUGUAGAAUCAAACUUCGAACGUUUCGUCCGCGCCAAGGCUACCAUUGACAAUGUCUACACCGAAAUGCGCGACCAGGGACGCGAGCCCGACCCGGACGGUCACCGGCGCGGGCACUCCCGCCAUAUGAGCAAUAGACAGAGCAUCCACAUGCGCAAGGGCAGCUUAGCACCGCCAAGCCCUCUCCCCGUGUACAACGAGAAGAGGAAGAACGCGCUUACAAAGGAGACCGAAUACGGUGUGCAAGGCAUCAAGGCACCUCUGUUGGAAGUGGCAGUCAAGGCGGAGGAAGUUUGGGGGCCGGCUCUUGGUGGACGGGAAAGAGGCGAAAUGCUCAAGUCUAUCCUUGCGUCGGUGGAGAAGAAUCGCGGUCUUUUCGAAGUAGGCGCGUCAAUCCAGGAUUGCAUCAAAAGGAAGGACUACGACACGUUACCUGAAGAAUUCGCCAAAGCACGGAGGUAUGCAAAUGAUGCUAAGGCUAUCGUUGACUCGGCCGUGGAGAGCCGCGUUGCCCUGACUGAUCCUGAAAUUCAUCAAGUCAUCGUGACCGCACGCAUGUGGACGGACGUGGAAGAUCAGCUUUCGAACUUCAAACGAGAGGUUUGGAAGAAGUUGACAGGAACUCAUUUCACUAAACCUGCGCAGUCUGAGGAUGACAAGCCAGAGCAGCACAUGGAACUCAUCACGAUUCUGUUGGAGCUGGGAGUGGAAGACAACCCCAUCUGGAUCUGGUUGCUUAGUCGGUACGAAUAUCUCAAGAGCAAGAUCACGGCCACCCUCGAACGCAGCAAGGUUGAACUGGAGAUUAUGCGGCGGCGCUUGGGUAACGCAGAGAAGCCGACACCGCGGCAGAUUGCUCAGCAUCUCAGGUCCGCGGAGAACCAGGACCGUCCAGGGCAAAACAUCAAGAUGGAUUCAGCCAAGGUCAUUGACUUCUGGGACCAUGAGCUCCAGGCAUUCAACACUCUGCUCUCGAUCCAGGGCGGCGUUUUGGGAGAGGUCAUUGAAUUUUGGGAAACCGCGCAAGCUUUUAUCGAUGGGAACAUCCAAAGAAAACUUCCCGUUGGACCCGACGGAAAGAGUAAACAACACCACCUGCUCUCUGGCUCGAAUGUCCAAGAACUGCAGAACGGGGCGAAUGAACUCGUUGGUCUUAUCAAAGAUGGCAUUUCCGAGUUUUUCGUCGAACCGCCCAUUGAAGAUAUCUCUCUGCUCUAUACCCCGCUUCCACCAACCACUCCGGACACUCCGAAAACGCCAGGGUCCGCCUUACUCUCUCCUUUGCCCGACAGUCGGUUCAAAUUUGACAGCCACAACCCGCCUCCAUCACCGCGGAGGGGAGAAUCUUGGGAGAAAUAUGCCUUCUGGGCGCCUUACGCAAACUCUCUUUCUGGCGUGUUUUAUCUCAGCAAAAUUCUUGCUCUUGUGGGCACAGCUGGCGGUGAAAUUGCUGCCCUCAGUAUAUCCCGUACCUCCAGCCGCUCGGUUGAUGAACUUAAGAUGUUCAUUGGCGGGGUGCGGGAGAGAUGCGUGCAGGCAGUCUGCGCGGCCUGGAAUGAGGAUGCGGAGCAUGCGAAGAUGCUCGAAGACUGGACACGUGCGUCUGACAACAAGUACCUGACCAACAUGCCUUUCCGUUUCAUGGCCUUGGAAGGCUCUCUUUUGAGCAGCAUGCAGAAAAUUCUCUACUUGUCUGAAGCUGCUACCAGAUCUGGCUCUGGCGAAGUCGUCGUGCCUCCCUCGAGCAAACUUUUGGCGAUGGUGCGCAGUCAGUUCGUCACAAGCUUGUACAAGAUAUUGCAGGGCAUGGUUGAGAAUGUUGAGAAGCCGAAGAAGUUGGACAACACAUCAUGGGAGGAUGAUGCUGAUGGGCUCACACUUCCGCUGCGUAGUUUUACAACGAGAGAGGUGGAUAUGCGUUCUCUUAAUGCAUCAGACAAGAGCAUACGCAUCCUCAUUACUCUUGCUAACCUCCAGGCUCUCCGCACCGAACUGAUUCCUCAGCUCAUCAACCAGUACGAGAACCAUUUCAGCGUUAAGCUGCACGAAGAAGGCACCAAGAUCGACGAUGCGCUCGGCCAGAUUUACGCUCGCCUCUUCCAGUCUUACACGCAACCCAUCAGCAAAAAGCUCUCCCAAGUCAUCCGUGCUGGCAUCUCGAGUCCCGAUUGGGAGCCUGCCACUCCGCAACCACAGGACGCCCGAGGCUACGUAUACGACGUGCUGCUAGAGCUCGUUGUGGUGCACACGCAGGUGUCGACGACAGCACAGCCGCUGACAUCGCAAGUGCUCAAGUACCUGUUGGAGCAGGUGAGCAAGCACCUGAUCGAGACGUUCAAGGCGCGCCCGCGGUACAACCUCCCCGCGCUCGUGCAAGCGACCCUGGACGUCGAGUUCCUGGCCCAGACACUCGGCAACUAUACUACGGACAAGACGAGCGAGAUCCAGAGCUCGAUCUAUUUGGCUUUGGAUGAGCGCACGGACAAUGACGCCAGGGUCAGGCUUCAGUCGGAGCUGUCUGAGCUGAGAGUCAUCUUGAAGAAGCUGCGGGAGGCGACGAAGAGUGAAUUUGCGUGCUUCAAGAGGCCUAGGAGCCAUACCAAGUCGACGGAUCGGCGCAGUGUAGAGUGAAUGAGGUUGGUGAAUUUUGUUUAGAUAAUAGCUAUGAUGAAUUUAGUGAUUGCUUGUUCGUACUCUGUGACUGUCAUAUUCAUAUAUAUAUAAUGUACGCAUCUUUGG